AAUUACAAAUUAGGUUUUAAAUUAAUUGGUAAUGUGUUAAUAUGAGUAAUAAACCAUUCUCAACGAUUGAAAAGAAACAAUUACGGCGACGGACAGAAGAAAUUGUUAAAAAUGCCUCUGGUGCAAAGAAAGUAAACGAAAAACCAGUGGGGCGUGCAGUACCGCAGCCAAGGCAAAGCAAUGUCGUGUCACCAUAUAGUGCAUCAAAGAAUGGGGAUGUAAAGUCUCCUCCCUCCAGACCAACAUCAGCAGCAAAUUCGAAACCUCCAACACCAUGGCAACGACCUAAAAUUACCCCUGCAUCUUCAAACAAAGAGGCAAAUAAAUAUCGGAGGCCGACAAGUGCUUCAGCGGCCCGCCGAGUCAAUAACUCUGGGCCUGCGAAUUCCGGAACGAAACCGAACAAUUCCAACGUGAGCAAUACACCGGGACUUAAACCUUCAGCCAUUAAUGCAAAGAAUAGGGCGAGGGCUGCAUCCUCAGUUACUAAUAACAACAGUUCUACGCCACAUCCACAGACGAAAGAUAUUCCAAAAGAAAACCCUCGUGCACGUUCUACUUCAACUCCUUCUACAAAAGAAGCGAAAGACGCCCCAGCUAAGAAGCCAGUCAUGCAUGAAAAGCCAAAGGUCAACAGCAAUUCAGCUGUUUCGUAUAAAUCUGGUGAAAACGUUGUUUUGCCGAAAUUAGAAAAAAAUGACGCUACUUUGGAGACGAAAAAAAUUGCUGACACAGCGAAAUCUCCCAAUGAAGAUGAAAAACUGUUAGCUCCUCCUAGGAGAUCUCGAGCUCAUGUAAUGCCGGUAUCGAAGACAGUAAAACCGCUGAAGAAAGGCCACGAUUUCGUUCCGCAUGAGUUAACAGACUGGGUAAACUGGUGCGAUGCCUGCGGAAGUAUCAUUUUAUCGUUGUUUGGGAAAUGUGUGAAAUGCAAAAAAUGCAUGAUGGUCUGCCAUGGGAAGUGUGCAUCAACAGUCUCACUAACGUGUGAAGCUGAUGAAAUAAGAGCUGCAUCUCAGGUCGAUCCAACCUGGUACAAAACUAUUGUGGAAGAGACAAAAGAUGAGUCGACAUUAAAAGAAUACAACACGAUUCAUCGAGUUAUGCCGAUUGGAGAAAUAAAAGAAAGAAUUGAGAAGUUUAAUAAGACUGUCAAGAGCACUCAACAAAUGACGCUGCAAGAAGACGGUGAAACGUUCAGAGGCUUCAUUCGAGUCACAAUGAACUUGACUCGACCUGUGAGUGUCGGCGGGGAGGAGAAAGAAAAAGACAAGAAAAAACUACAGAGAUCGGCCUCAUUUUAUGUUAAUAAGGGGGCUGUAAAAGCAUUAUAUCUCAGUUCGAAUACGACGGCAGAGGAAGUCGUAUCUGCUUUGCUUAAUAAAUACGGAAUCAAAGACAACCCAUUGAAGUUUGCUUUAUUUGAAAAACAAGUCAGAGAAGAAGGACAUAUUAUUCUGCGUAAGAUGAUGACCCGCGAACGGCCACUAUUUCUUCGUUUGUUAUGGGGGGAUGGCAGCACACAACAACACGCAUUCAUCUUACAAGAAAACGAAUCAAGAGAGAUCCAGUGGGAAUCUUUCUCUUUACCGGAACUUCUCACAUUUUUAAAAAUCUUGGAGAAAGAGCAGAACGAUCACAUCACUUGCAUCAAAGUUAAAUUUGACAGCAGAAGACAAGACAUUGUUAGAGCUAUGGACUAUCAAAAGAAAAAGGGUGGUAAAUGACAUCACCAUGACUAAAAUACUAUGAUGUCAUAAACAUUUUUAUGAUAUUGUAAGGAGAGAAAACUUGCGCUCCGCCCUGCUGCUGUCCAUUUAUAUGGUAAUAUCACAAUUUUCUGUGAUGUCAUAAUCAAAUAGACAUCUGUAUUAUGAUGUCAUAAAUAUUUCUACAAAACAUCUGUGAUGUCAAAAUGGCCUUCUUAGUAUGGUGAUAGAGAUUUUUUUCCUUUUCUUCAAAAUUUUUUCAGAAGCUUUACGUGCCUAUGGAAAUGAUGUCAUAAACAAGUUAUGAUGUCAUACUUUUAUUACCAAAGCAUCCUUUUUGUCCCAAACUGCAAUUUUAGGAAAAAUUACUGUAGGAUUUUCAAAACUGUAAGUAAUUUGAUAUUUUAAACAUUGAACACCACAUGGUGUCAUAAUAGUAAAGAAUAUAUUGAAGUAUGAUGUCAUAUUGGCAUCAUUGUGAUGUCAGAGUCAAGUUCUUCCAAUGUGUUUUUAUUUAACUUGUUUUAUUUUAAAUGCUGCCUUUAACUGCUUGCUUUUUGAUAUGUUAUUUUUUAUCGGGCGAUCACUGACUCAUGGCCAGCGCUGGUCAUAUAUGUGCGAACCGCUUAUUAAAAUUGCAAAUUCAAGUUCGAUUAUGGAUUCUUGAUCUUAGGAAUAAUUAUGUUUGAAAAAUCGUCAUUCGGAGCAAUGAAAGUCACGUGCAAUUACGGUAAAAUUAAAACUACUCUAAUGACUGUUUAUUUAAAAUUUUCUCCGUUUCCAAAUUCGAAGCUAUUGAGUAUGCAUUGCAUUAUCUUAAAUGAUUUAUAUCAAAUUUGGUCAGUUAGAUUCGAUAGAGCAAUCUGAAUAUUCAAAUUGAAAGAAGUUAGAAGAAAGCACUCUAGAACAGGGGUAUGCAACCUGCGGCCAGUAAUAAAUAGAUACUUCAUGCGUUAACGUUAGUGGACCCACAGUAUCUGCUUGCGCGGUGCCUUAUUCUGAAUAGUACGAUUGAGAAAUUAUUAUUAAACUUAAAUCAUGCUAACUUGCACAAUAUAAAUGUGGCUUUUCGCCAACGAGGCAAUCGCUAUCCUGCCAGUUAUUGAAUCAAAUGCGGCCCUCAAGGUAAACUUGUGCAACUCGCGGAGAAGUGCCACUUUGAAUGGUGUGUGGCCCUCGAAAUAAAUUUUUAAUUUAUGGUGCAAAUUAUAAAACGCUUCUAUCCGUAACCCAAUUUUUUGUGUCUGCAACUACUAGAAAGCCUAUGUCAAAUAAAGGUGCGGUCUGCGGUUUCACAAUCCUGCUCUAGAAGACCAAAUUAUCCACUCCUAUCCCUUAGUAAACCACCCCAUCAAAUGAACCCAUUUUUUUUCCUUUUGCUCUAUUUUCCUAACCGUGGCAAUUUUAAAUUCGCAAUAUUAUAGCUUUAUAAUCGUUAUUAAGGCACUGCAAUAUGUUUGAAAUAAGCACAUUAGAAAAAUGUUUUCACUUUUUUGUAAUAAAAACUUCAUGCUUUAUCGUUAGACCCUAAUUUUCUGCUUGCACAGUGCCUUAUUCUAAGUAGAAAGAUUGAAAAACAUCAUGAGAUAAAGUUGAAUCAUGCUAACUUGCACAAUAUGAAUAUGGCUUUGUCAAUCGCUUGCUUAUUAUUAAGUUGAGAUUUGUGUUUUAUUUUCGAUCAAUGUGUGAUGCAGAACCUGGGCUACUACUCAUUAUAGCUUUCUCAAUUAUGCUACAGUAUGUACAGUACGAUUCGCUUGCACAGUGGUGAGGAGAAUAGAGUUAGUCAGUACAUGCUACCUCCAUCAACCAUAUAGACCUAUUUUAUCAUUCUUGGAAUUCCCUCUAAAAUGCCCAUUUAUGUGUCACAUAAUUGUGCAUCUUGAAUUUCGUUGAUUGUUAGUUUAAUAUUUUUUAAUUUUUGAUCUGAUUGCGCUCUUUUUAGUUUUAUUUUCUUUAUUAUUUUGUACCAUUUUGAAGGUGUGUGUCCUUAUUACGUAAAGGUAUGGCGGAACACUUGAAGGGAGAUUUGGCAAUGCACCUCUAAUGAUAAAGGCAUCAUCGAAUAUGUCACUUUAGCAUGUCAGGACACCUUUAUUGCCUGCGCCAUAGAGGCAAACAAACAACUCUCACGACUCUAAAAACCUAUGUAAUUUGGCCACACACACUAGUUUCUAAAUUUCAGAGCUCCUGCACCCCUUUUGAAAAUUCUUGGCCAUGCCACUGAGUCUAAUAUUUUUUGCUGUUGAAAGUUUUUCUCAGGUUCGGAUAAGUUGAAAGUGGGGGCAUAACCUUAACCGAGAUCGAAAAAUAACAGAAAAUUAAUGUUGCUUAUUAUUAAAUCCGUGGCUCUCAAAUAUUCAUGAUCCAUGUCCAAGACUUUCUUUCAACAUCUACGGCCCCCUGGUCUCCUAUAAAAAUACUUACUUUUGCUUUCAAUGUUUUAUAGGCAACGUUCUCAG